AUGAGCCAAGGGUCCUUACUCGAAGCACUUUUGGCACACGAGGGUUCCGUCGAAGCAGCUUCUACUUCUAUAUUAGAAGACCUGUUAAGAUCACCCAGCAAAAAACGCAUAAAACCAUCGGUUGGGCAUCAAACUUCCCUGAGAUUAUUCGCUUCCAAGACCUCAACCGAAGAACGUUCAGUGUCCCCCAAAAGAGCAAGGCCGCUGUCUAAGAAAGGGACAACCCUUCAUUUAUAUGACCCAGAGGACGUGGCUGAAAACACGCCCUGCAGCAUCAUACACAACUUCCUCCCGCCAGAGGAAGCCAAUGAUCUUCUCAAAGAGAUGUUAGAUGAAUCCAACUCAUUCGAGAAGGUCUCUUUUAAAUUAUUUGACAAUGUCGUCCAGAGCCCUCAUACAUCCAGUUUCUAUGUGGCGUCCGAAGCCGAAAUUAAUACUCAGAAAGAAGAUUACUUCUACAACGGGGCCCGCAUAUCAGACGUUCGGCGCAUCACACCCCAGCUUUUGCGUGCUAGACCAAGAGUUCAGGAAGCGGUAAACAAAGAGAUUCAAAAUCGAAUCAAAACUCGGUAUCCCAGAGGACAGAAGCUCAAGCACCAGUCUCCAAACCCUUGGUCGCCUAAUUGUGCCUUUGUUAAUUGCUAUAACGGACCUCAGGAGAGUGCUCAGUGCGUAGCGAGAGAGUUCCGCGUUAGACGAAUAAUACCAAAAGACUCUGACAAUAAUCGUUUAGAUGAUAUGGACGCCCAAGGACAGAUCUCUAUACAUCUUCCUCACAACUCACUCUUGGUUAUGCAUGCCGAGAUGCAGGAACAAUGGAAACAUAGUAUUGCCCCGGUCCAGGCAAUCGAUCCCCAUCCUAUUGCAGGUAGCCGGAGGAUCAAUAUCACCUACCGUGACUACAAGCAAAACUUCCACCCCAGAAACACCCCCAAAUGCAGAUGUGGAAUUCCGGCGGUAUUGAGGGUCGUUCAGAGGAAGACAGAGAAUCUAGGAAAGUACUUCUGGAUGUGUCAUGGUGGAAAUGUGCCUGGCAAGGAGCAUUGUUCAUUCUUCCAUUGGGCUGAAUUCGACGACGACGGGAAUCCUAUCUGGAACAAGACCUGAUAUGAAAAAGUCGCCUGGGAAAGACACUCUACAUGAAGUAUACCUUGAUAUACGGAGACCUCGAUAUCUCCCGUGUUUCACGUCACUUUUAUGAAGCAUGGGUGGGGGCUGAAACGUACGAGUCGUACAUCUUAAUCGGUAAGAAUAUUUGAAGACAGCCACCAAUAUCUAAAUCCUCGCAAUCUGAAUUGAGUGGAGAAAUGGCUUAGGUUCUAAUGAGUGUAACAGAUCAUCCUUUACAAACAAGCCCAGGUCUAAACCCCUCCGUUCUCGGUGGCUUGGUCUUCAAGAUUUAUGGCUCGACAUAGCGUGGUUCACGAUCGUACCCAUCGCACACCUCCAAGCCCAGGUCAUUGACAUUUAGGUCAUUA